AUGGGUGACAACAGCUCAUUCAUUGCUGGUGGAUCCUUAAUGAGAAAGCUCAAUGACCAAGUGAUCAUAGUUCAGGUUUUGGUAGGACUUUUCCUUUGCAUUAACCUUAUGCUGAUCAUAACUUUCUUCAUGAAGGACACCUUUUACACAUCCAUGCGCUACAUCCUAUUUGCUGUCACAUUACUGUCUGAUUGCCUCAUUUUAAUUAUUACAAAUCUGUUGUUGAUCUUAAGCUUUUUAAAUGUCUCUAUACAGAUGUGGUUGUGCCUCAUUAUAUUUGCAGUGGCAUCUGUUUAUAUCUUUGUCACACCAGUUACUCUGACAGCAAUGACUCUGGAGCGCUAUGUGGCCAUUUGUAUGCCUCUGCGUCAUGGAGAGCUUUGCUCGAUACGCAGCGCUCUGCGGUGCAUCCUCAUCAUUCAUGGGCUCAGCUCUGUACCCUGUAUUGUGACUCUGUCAAUCUUCUUUGCAUCUGUAUCCUUAAGCUUCUUCAGAUUGUACCGGGUUUGCUCUGUGGAAAUGUUCAUUUUACACAGUUGGCAGGGUCAUCUGAGGUCAGCUAUAAGUCAGUUUUACUUCUUGAUUAUGUGCAUUGUCAUUGUUUUCUCCUACAUUCAAAUAAUGAAAGUGGCCAAAGCUGCAUCAGGAGAGAACAAAAAGUCAAGCCACAAAGGGCUCAGAACAGUGGUUCUUCAUGCUUUCCAGCUGCUCCUGUGUCUCAUCCAGCUGUGGUGUCCAUUCAUAGAAGCUGCUGUCCUUCAGACUAAUUUUAUGUUGUAUAUUAAUGUCAGGUACUUCAACUAUAUAAUGUUUAAUCUCACUCCUAGAUGUCUAAGUCCUCUCAUUUACGGCCUCAGAGAUGAAAAAUUUUUCCUGGCACUAAAAUAUGACAUUCUCUGUCCCUUACACAGGAACAAAUCUGUGUCUUUCUACAAUAUUGAUGCUACAAACCACAUCUACACUUUCACUGACAUUUUCAGUGAGGCCAUUCUUCAGCCCCUGCACCAGCAGCUGCCAGGGGCGUGGCUGUGGCUUCUCAACCUCAUUACUGAGUAUGUUUCAUGA